GAAGUCCACGGCAAGUUUCCUAUCUCUAAGUAGUCUGUUGGUGGAUAAGUUUGGGAUAUGCUGAUAUAUAGUAUACAUUUCAAAUUAAUUGAACUAUUUAAAUUAUUACAUGGUUUUUACUUUCAACAGAUGAGUUUAAAUAAAGACAAACAAUUAGAAAUUAAUGUAAUACCUCGAAAGUAUGAUUUUUUAUCAUCACCUAUUCCAACCACCCAUGCUCAAGCUUCCAAAGCUAUUGUUGGAAAUAGUACUAUGGAAGAAAAUUAUGCAUUCAAUAAUGUUCACCACAUCUAUGAUCAGCAUUCAGAUGCAGUAACAAUGUUGAAGUUUGCUAAUAAUGACAAAUCAAAAUUAUGUUGUGCGUCAAACGAUGGAACUCUUAGUAUUUGUGAUGUUUUGACAUCACCACCAUGUGUAAAAGCUAUACUAAGAUGUCAUACAGGCCCAGUAACAGGUUGUGAUUGGUCUGCUUCGGAUGAACUAAUUGCUAGCUGUUCUACUGAUGCAACCAUUUGCUUUUGGGAUGCAAUUCGACAUUGUUGUCUAAGAUGUGUCAGUGAUCCUUUUUAUUCAUCUGUUUUGGUCUGUUUAUUUAAUCCUAUCAAUAACAAUAUUCUCAUUACUGGCAACAAGGCUGGAUUUGUGUGCGUACUAAAUGUAUCAACGGGUAUGUACCCAAAAGGUGGAAAGCACAAAAUUGGAGGUCAAAUUUUAUCUCUUGCAGUUAAUAGUAGUGGACAAAUAAUAUGGGUUGGAAAUGACAAGAGUGAAAUUGUUUCUCUCAAAUUAAAUAGCAGUGAUAAUAGUAUUCUUACUAAGUGUCAUCGAAUUAUAACAUCUCCAAAUCGUGGUGCAAUUACUUGUUUGAGCUGGAGAUCAUGGAUUAGCCGAGAAGCAAGGGAUCCAAUGUUGUUAGCAAAUUGUGCAAAUAAUAUAUUAUGUCUUUACAAGGUUUCUGAAAAUGACGGCGGCUCGUUGUAUUUAAAAAAGAAGUUUUUGGUUCAUCAUGCUCGCAGUAAUCACUUGCUACGUUCAACAUUCUGUCCUAUUAUGUCAUUUAGACAGGGUGCUUGUGUUGUUACAAGCAGUGAAGAUUCUUGCAUUUAUUUUGUAGAUGUAGAAAGGGAAUCUAAUUAUACCGUCAACAAAUUGCAAGGGCAUGCUUGUGUGACUUUGGGUGUUACUUUUAACUACGAUGAGACUAUAUUAGCAACAAGUGACGUACAAGGAACAAGGAACGGAACGAAUUUCUCUUUUUUAAAAAAGAAUGAGGAACGGAACGAAUUCCUUUUAUAAAGAACUUGCCAAACACUGUUUAUUCACCACAAGCACUUUACUUGCUUUUCUAUGGAUACACUCU